UGGAACCCUUGUUUAAGACAAAUUAGCAAGACUUUGAACAUUCUACUAGCCACUUGUAUUGCAAAACUGAAGUUCCUAUCUUUUGUUUCUAAUUCUCCUUCUCCCCAGAACAUCUUUUGUAAAAAAGGCUCUGCUCCCAUAUACAAUAUUUUCAAAACUUACAUAAAUCUCUUCCCAAUGGCUUCAACAAGUGCUGAAACUCCCACUAGCUGGGACGUUUUCUUGAGCUUCCGUGGCACAGACACUCGAAUUGGUUUCGCCAGUCAUUUAUACUCUGCCCUGCAUCGCAAUGGUAUUCGAACUUUUAUGGACGAUCCUGAGCUACGUCUUGGAGAUGGGAUCUCGGCUGAAUUGCUCAAAGCUAUUCGGGAAUCCGAAAUUUACAUUAUUCUCCUCUCGGUAAAUUAUGCUUCUUCGAAUUGGUGUCUUGAUGAGCUGGUAGAGAUCAUUAAUUGUAAGGAAACAAUGAAUAGAUUGGUUAUUCCUGUGUUUUUCAACAUUGAUCCUUCAGCCGUGCGAUAUCAAAAAGGGAGCUUUGAACAACAUUUCAUAAGGCAUGAAAUUAGAUAUGCUGAUAAAAUAGAAAGAGUCAAUAAUUGGCGCCGUGCACUAGGACAAGUUGCUGAGAAUUCGGGAACACAUGUAGACGGAAAAAAGUCUGAAGCUGAUAUUGUCAACGAAAUUGUCAAGGAGAUUCUGCUUCAAAUAAAACCCACUUCUUUAGAUGUUGCCAGAUAUCCAGUUGGAUUGGAUCCCCGAGUUAAAGACAUAACAGCAGCAUUGUUGAGCAGUGGCACAAAAGGUGUCAUUAAGAUCGGUAUAUAUGGUAUGGGUGGCGUAGGCAAAACAACUCUUGCCAAGGCACUUUUUAAUAAACUCUUGCUAGGAAGCUUUGAAGGAAGCUGUUUCCUCGAAAAUGUGAGGGAAAUUUUGGGGACUAUAAAAGGCCUCGAGUCAUUGCAACAACAACUUAUAAGUGAUGUUCUUAAAAUUAGUAAGGACGAAGUUAAAAUUAGCAGUGUUGGUCAAGGAACUGAGCAGAUAGAACGAAGAAUUUGUUCUAGAAAAAUUUUGGUUGUUAUUGAUGACUUAGAGCACAAGGAAAAAUUUGAGUCACUGGUGAGACCAUUUGCUCCUGGGAGUGUAGUUAUCAUAACUACAAGGAAUGAAGAGAUACUUCGGGGAAUUGAAGUAGAAACUCAGUAUCGAUACAAGGUUAAUGAGAUGGGUGACGCUGAGGCAGAGAUGCUAUUUUUCAGACAUGCAUUUCGAGAUACUAAACCAAACGAUAAUCUAAUGAUAUUGUCUAAAGACAUUCUACGUCUUGCUGGAGGACUCCCCUUGGCUCUCGAGGUUUUUGGCUCGUACUUGCAUAACACACCCGAGGUUAAAUGGAAACCUUACAUUGAGAAACUGCAGCGAGAUCCCGACAACAGUAUCGAGCAAAGACUUAUAAUUAGCUUGGAUGCCUCUGGAUCAGAUGAUCCCCUGCUAAAGAAGAUGUUCCUUGACAUUGCUUGUCUUUUCAUUGGAAGGACGAAAGAAUUUUUGAUUAAAAUAUUGGAUACUUACUAUCCCCACGCGGAUGAUAAAAUUGAUAUUCUCGAGAAAAGGAGUCUGUUAACAUUUAAUGACAGAGACGAAGUACGAAUGCAUGAUCUGCUUCAUGAUAUGGGAAAGAAAAUUGCGCGUAACAACUGUCCUGAUGAGCCUGGAAAGCAUAGCAGAUUAUGGGUAUCAAAAGAAAUAUGCGAUGUGUUGGAGAAAGACAAGGGAACAGAAGCGAUUGAAGGUUUCUCGUUCGAACGCUUUAUAAUUAAUGGAGGAUCGUUUUCUAUGGAUAGAUUGAGAAGAAUGACUAAAUUGAGAUUUCUUUACUUGGAUGGCAUUAUUCUCACUGGAAAGUUUAAACUGACACUACAAGUUUUGAGGUGGUUUUGUUGGAAUGAGUGUCCUUUAAAGUGUUUACCUUUUGAUUUUUGCCCUGAAAAACUUGUUAUUCUUGAGUUGCCGAAGAGCAAACUGACAACAAUGUGGGAGGUAAAGAUGGUUUCAGAUGUUUUGGAGAAGCUAAAGACUAUAAACAUGUUUUUUUCCCAAGAUUUAACUUACAGCCCAGAUUUCCGAAGACCACCGCGUCUCUUUAGUUUAAAAACUCUAAACAUGUCAUUUUCUGAAGAUUUGACUACCACCCCAGACUUCAAAAGACUGCCGAAUCUUGAAAAUCUGAAUCUUGAGGGCUGUAGAAGUUUGAAGGAGGUCCAUGAAUCAGUUGGAAGUUUGGAGAGGCUUGUUUCCCUAAAUUUGAAGGAUUGUGCAAACCUUAGAAGUCUUCCAGAUACUAUCUGCAAGUUGGAAGCUUUGGAAGUUCUGUGUAUUGAUCACUGUAUAAGGCUAAAAGCACUGCCAAUAGAAUUAGGGAACAUUAAAUCCCUAAAAGAGCUCAUUGCUUCGGGAACAAGUUUUCCGAAAUUACCAGAUUCGAUCGGAGAUCUUAGUAAGCUUGUUAAGCUGAAAUGGACUCGAUGUUCCUUAUACGACAUGGAACUUGAAUCUCUUCCAAACACCAUUUGCAACUUAAGACAAUUGGAAGUUUUAAUUGUUACUGUGAAAGCAUUGCCUGAUGAACUGGGGAACAUUGAAUCUCUAAGAGAGCUCAAUACAUCGGGAAUAGCCGUUUCAAAAUUGCCCGACACCAUUUGCAACCUGAGAUUAUUGGAAAUUCUUCAUAUUACAGUUUCUGAGACACUAGAGAGAUUACCUGAUCAACUGUGGAAGCUUACAAGGUUGUUGGAGCUAAAAGUAAGUUGUACUAGUCAUUUAAAGAAACUUCCUGACAUAGAAUCAAGCCAGACUUCAUUACCAUUGACAGCGUUGAAUUUAUCUUAUAGUAAAAUCACUGCCCUACCAUCCGGUAUUAGUCAUCUCUCAAACCUAGAAAAUCUACAACUUACGAGUUGUCAUCAUCUGUUGUCCAUAGCAGAACUUCCUCCCAAUCUGAAGUACAUACACGCCGAUCACUGUACAUCUCUGAAAAGACUGAAUCUAUCCAAUUUGAAACUGUUGCGGCAGUUGCACCUUAAAAAUUGCAGUACUUUGACAGAGAUUUUAGGCCUGGAGGAACUCACUUCUUUAGAUGAACUAUACUUGCGAGGUUGCCGCUACUCUCUACUUACACAUACUUUAACAAAGCCAUUGUUCCAGAUAUACUCUGGUUUUGAGAAAAAAAGUCGAUAUUUGGCUUGAGACAGAAAAGUUUCCAGAUUGGAUUAUUCAAUCAAGUAUAGAAUGCUCAGCUGAAGAUGACAUUUCAGAUGGAGAUGAUUCUUCAUCAUCUUCGGUGAAUUUGAAACCAAACUUGUCACACAAUUACUUGGGGAUGAUUCUCUGCCUUGACCUGAGUCAGAAUAAGUUUGAUCAACCUUUUACUGCCUCUUAUUCUGUUAAGACUUCCGCCAGUAAUAUAUUAGAGAGCCGUAUAUAUGAAUCAGGUAUAGUAAUAGUUCCGAGAUCAAUCUUUACAGGCACGGAUACCGAUCAUACAAUCAAAUUUGCAUCAAGAAGAGCACGCAGACAUAUUGGACUACUGUACAAAAACGAGGACAACAUCAUCAUUCCCAAUGUUGCAGGAAGAAACUCCUCUAGAGACAAGAAAAAGAGGAAAAGGAUAAAGAGAAGGAGGAGAUGGAUUUAGACAUGAGAGGCCUAUAAUUGGGCAGGUGAAAGGUCACACCAGAGAGGCAUAACUCAUUACAAUGAAAGCUCCAACGAGUAUAGGCCAGAGCCGACGGUGGCAAAAGAAACUAUAGCUUCCGCUGCAAUCAUAAUCAUUGGCACCACUGUAACAUCCGGGUCUGGUUGACUUGGCCACACCUCCUUCAAAAGCGAAGCUGCUGUUGCCUUUGCCAUUGCUGAACAGAACACACCAAAAAUACGGACCUCCUCCAUCUGCCCCGCUAACACCUGCACCCACCUCCGAGUGGUUACUGUUGUGGACAAUUUCCAAGGCCUUGUCAUUUGUGACUAGGAUGUCUGAGAAUGCUUGCUUAGGCUGGAUAUACUUUGACUGGCAUCCGAGUAGACGUCGAGCGAAAGGGGCUAGUGAUGAGACCUCAACACCACAGUUGGGGGCAAAGGUUUCGUCACAGUAUAAUACUCUUUCCGCCCCAUUCUUAUACGUUACUUUUUGGUUCAUUUUUUAAGACUUUUUAAACUAUAGCUCGUAAUAUAUUUUUAAAUUAUUUUUUCGGAAUAAAAGUUUGAUAUUAAA